AUGCCGCCUCCACAAAGUCUUCUGGCUUCCAAACUACGAGGUUUCGUGUGCCGAUCAUGUCUUUCGAAACUACAAGGGUACCACCGACGACGUAUGCAAUGGGCAUCGCGCAGUCUUACAACAGAUACCGUACACUCAGGCACUAAAGAGGCGACACAUCCUGCUUCAACAAGUUUUGGAGAGACGCAAGACGAACUUGAAUCGGAAUUCAACGAAGGCUCGAUCAUAGAGGCGCUCUCACAAGAGGUACGACUAAGGCGGAAGGAUGCUGUUGAACAUAGUGUUCCGAAGUCCACAGUCAGAUUUUUCGAAGAAACGCCGGACGGAAGCCGAGAAGAGAUACAAGAUGGUCUUGACGAAGAGAAUACGUUGGACGCAUUGGAGAAGGAAAUAGAAGGACUGAAGACUGACACUGGAGGUCUCAUGGAAAAAUUGGUUGGGGGUGAUCCGUCACAGCCAGGAAGGAGCCCGCUGGCUGAUGAGCUCAGAGCUCAGAUAAUGGAAAUGGAAAGACUCGAUUUAAAGAAUCUGUCCGAGGCAGAUCGUCUGCGACUCAGGUCAAUCAUUCUGAAAGGCUCAGAACCUGCUACCUCAUCCACUACGCAGGAAUCCCCGUCUCUCCAACCUGCGACCGAAGCAUACGAAAAAAAUCCUCAGGCAGAUUUGCAUACAGAAUCCGCCGAUGAUGUUUUGAUCCCAAUCAAUGAGUUCCCGGUUGCACAGCAAGCUCGCGUUUGGCAGUUGGCCGAAGCCCUCAAACGACCAGCACCAGUUGGCCGGAAAAGAAGGGGGAAGCGAUCAAUUCUGGAUGCAAAUACAGCGACAGAUAAGAGCCAUUUGCUUCGGGUCUGGAAGGCGUAUUCGCUAUGUAGAAAUGCACUCAUAGGCUCCAAAAACAAGGUGCCGAGGGACAUCUGGCUGCGACUCUGGAAUAUCUUCCAGGUGGAAGGGACUCACAACAGGGAUCGCUGGACACGCCUGAAGACAUUGGGUGAUGAUAUCCAGCGGGCCGGUGUCAGACUCGCGCCGAGUCAGUAUCUAUUACACAUUGAAGCAACCUUCAUUGAGGGAGAUCAGAAUGAUGGCAUAGACAUGUGGGAGGAGUACUCCUCUGACCUCCGAGGAAGUGAAUACUGGGAGCUGGGAGCUCGUAUGCUUGCUCAGAAUGCACAGCCUGAUAGAGCGUUGGAGGCAGCUGAGUCUUGCUUGGAAUGCAGCGAUGCCUCCAAUUCAUAUCGACUACUGCUCCCGAUCAUCAGAGCAAAUUUGGGGUUGAACACCACAUCAUCAAUUAAACGCGCCUGGGCUCUCUACAUCCGAUUAAGAGUGUCCUAUAGUCAAUACCUGAACAUGGAAGACUACGACGUGCUUAUAUCUUCGUUCUUGGCUGCCAGUCAGCCUGACUUAGCACUGGGUGUUUUCAGAGAUAUGAUGCUUACAGGCCAACCUUCUUCACCAGUUGAAGACUCAACAUCACAGUACAGAGAAGUAACAGGCACCACAGAUGACUUGACAUCACUCCAAAUCACAAUCCACGAGCUUGACUGGCCAAGCCCAAGGGCCUUGAGCAAGCUCCCAGCUCACCUGAACAAUAAGUUCUUUUUCGGGAAAUGGCUGAAAAAACUCAUUGGCGAUGGUAAUCUAGAGGCGGCAAAGAAAGUCCUGGAUCUGAUGGACGAGCGUCGAGUCCAGCCCAGCGCGAUUCAAGUCAAUGGGCUCAUUGGUGCUUGGUUCCGAGAGGGAUCCGAGAAGUGCAGAGCCUUGGCCGAAGACAUGGCUUGGAGAAUGAUCAAGACCAGGAACGACUUCGUUCAGUCUCGCAGUACUCUCAACCCCGCCCUUCGUUUCGUUAAGACACCUGACCUCCCAUCUUCUCGAAUGAUCAAACUUACCCCACCAGCAACGAUAGAAACGUUCUGCAUUCUUAUAUCGCAAUAUCGGCGUCGACAAAAAGCACACCGCUUGACGGAGCUCUUCGAAGCUUUCCAAAAGUCGGGAAUACCACCCAAUACGCACUUCAUGAAUGAGCUUCUCCUGACCAACAAGAGAGCACAUGAGAAGAAGUCUGCUCUGGAAACUUAUCAGACUGCGACAGAAGAACAGGGUGUCACUCCUGAUUUCGACACAUACAAAGUUCUCUGGGCCCUCUUGAAAAAGGACGUUGAUCCAUUACGAGGGCCAAACAGGCCCGAAGAAUCCGAUCGCCACCGGGGGUGCCGGAAGCUGUUCGCAGAUAUGAUUUCUAAGUUACAGAAGUCAACCAAAGAAGCAUUUCCCCAGGACCUGUACAGAUUGGUCAUACAAACAUUCAGUUUUGCUCAGGACCUGACGGGAACGGCAGUAGCCUUGCGAGCUUUACAGCAUCACUUCGGUGCAUACCCCGAUCCAGAGAGCGCUCGAAUCAUUGUACUUCAACUUGCCCGGUUGGGUCUGAGUGAGGAGCUUGGAGUCGAGCCGGCUCGACUGAACACUGGCUUGUCAAUUACACGUGAAAGAAUAGCAUCAGUGACGAGUAUCUUACAACAAUUCAAAGACCAGCGUGUUGAGGUGUUGCAGCAACAGGGAAUUAAGUUCAGCGAACUCAAGGGUGAUGAUCUGAAGGAAGAGCCGUUGAUUCUGCUAUCCGACUUAUUGCGCUUCGCGGAUCGCCAAGUUGCUCAAGAUGGAAGCAAAGGUUCUGCUGAGAGGUCCUUGAUUGCCGCGAAAUCCAUGAAUGUACCUGGCUGUUCUGUCUGGGAAAGUCAUACAAAGAACACGUAA